UGCAGUCUCUUCUGAGGUCGCUGGCUCCGUUUAUUUCUCUUUUCGCAACAAUCCGAAAGUCGCCGUCGUCGCGAUCGCGUCGCACAUCGUGUCUCUGAUAUACGUGGAUAUUGCCUGAUUAUUAGUUAAGUAAGAUAACCGUGAAAUCUCUUCCGAGACAUACAUCCACCGUGCGUGUUUCCCUCUUUUGAUUUUGUGUGAGAAAAUCUUGCGUAUUUUGCAGAAAGAUGUUGCUGAUACAACCUUCGGGAGAAAUAUCAAAGCAGAUUCAGGUGGAGCUGAAUGAAAAUCCAGCGACUCGUGACAAGGAUCUCGAAGCGAUCAAAGAGUGGUUCGCUAAACAACCUCACUUGCCACAAACCUUUGACGACGACCAAAUAAUAAUGACGUUCUUGCGCGGCUGCAAAUUCUCCUUGGAGAAGUGCAAACAGAAGCUGGACAUGUACUUCACGAUGCGCGCGGCGAUUCCCGAGUUCUUUUCCAAGCGCGACGUUACAUCGCCAAUAUUGAAAGAAAUAGCGGAUCAUGUACAUAUACCCCCGCUGCCGGGACUGACGAAAAACGGACGGCGGGUCAUCGUGAUGCGAACGGAUCACAAACAUUUCCCGACUCCGCCUAUCGCGGAAGCUAUGAAGCUGGUGCUGAUGAUCGGCGACGUGCGUCUGAAGGAGGAGAAGAUCGGCGUGGCCGGGGACGUUUACAUUCUCGACGCUUCCGCGGCAACGCCCGCACACUUCGCCAAAUUCACGCCGGCCAUUGUGAAAAAGUUUCUGGUCUGCGUGCAGGAUGCGUAUCCGGUCAAGCUGAAGGAAGUGCACGUGGUCAAUGUCACUCCGUUUAUCGAUACGAUCGUCAAUUUUGUCAAGCCGUUCCUCAAGGAGAAGAUAAGAAACCGGAUCUUCUUUCAUACCGAUUACAAGACGCUUUACAAUUACAUACCAAAGGAGAUAUUGCCGACCGAGUACGGCGGAGACGCCGGACCUAUCCAGGAUAUACAUGAUAACUGGAUGAAAAAAUUGGAGGAAUACGGGCCGUGGUUCGCGCAGCAAGACGAGUUGAAGGCUAACGAGGCCUUGCGGCCAGGUAAACCAAAAACGCACGACGAUCUGUUCGGUCUCGAUGGAUCUUUCCGGCAGCUUACGAUUGAUUGAUUUUGAUAUAAAAGUCUACCGAGACUUUAUUAGUUUUCAUUCCGCUUUGUAACUGCGCAGCCGUAAAUCUGUUUGUUGUUUACACUUUUUUUGCACUCCCUUUCGUUUUUUUUUGUUUUUUUACAAAAGUAUGAAAAGUGUGAGCAACGCAGAAGAUAUUUCUCUAUUAGUUCUCAUAACGAUCAAUGUCACUACUCCGAAGUCGAACUUGACAAUUGGGCGCUGAAAAAGUCAAUUUUUAAAAAAUGUUGUUUAAUUACACAUGUGCAAUAUAUUUAAUAUUAUAUUGAUUAUAUAAUUAAU